GGAACACAAUGCGAUUCAGGGCCCUGGCCAGUCACCAAAUUAGGGGGAUGAACAGCCUCAGCUCCCCCACCCAUCCCAUCCGGCAGGCCCCCGACCUGACCCCCUCCAGCUCCACCCAAGGUCUGAGCGGUCGGGCUUUGCUCCUCCAUCCUCCCCGCCCCUCCAAGGGGCCUCGGGCGUCGGGAAGCCGCGAGCCGGGGCCCCCGAGGCGCAGUGCGCGGCCCACACGGCAGGUGGCGGCGUCUGCCCGCGCCCCGCAGCCCCCGGGCUGCGCGCACCCGCCCUUGACGGUACCGGGAAGCGCCCUACCCAACCCCGCCUCGCGGCAUCCCUGGGCUGGGCGCAGGCAAGAGUCCCCGCCGUCCAAGUCCGCGGGCAGAGGACAGCGCCAGAGGGACGCGAGCGUCUCCGGGCGCCGACACGACACUCUCGCCUCCGGGACCAGCCGCGCAGCCCCUGAGGGUGCGGCGGCGUCGGGAGGCUCGGUGCGGGUAGAGGGGGAGCGGCUGGGCGGCAGGGUGCCUCGGGGGCCGGGCGGCCGACUCCGGGAGUCCGCCCCGGCGCACCCGGGCCUCUCCCCUCCUCCCGGGACGGCGGCCGAGGGGACGCCCGCGGGCCGGGGCUGCAUGGGGCUCCCGCGUGGCCCGCUCAUCUGGCUGCUGCUUCUGUUCGCGGCUGUCUGCUCGGGGAUCCUUGUCGCCCUGUACUCCUCGGCGGUGGAGUCGUACCCGGGGCCCGGGACCGGAGCCAGGAACAUCACAGCGUCUCAAGCUUUCUUUGGACCCAAGGCAUCGAAUUCUAGGACGAGAAAGAACCUGCCCUGUCGACACCCACUUCAGCUCGCCAUUCAGCGGCACCCUCACUUCCGGGAUCUGUUUAAUCUCUCCAUUCCAGUGCUGCUGUCAGGGGGCCUCUUCACCCAGGAGCUCUGGGACAGCCUGAGCCAGCACAAAGCCCCCUAUGGCUGGCAGGGACUCUCCCGCCAAGCCAUCACCUCCACCCUGAGCCUCCUGAAUGGCUCUGAGAGCACCAGGCUGUUUGCCAUCUCUAGGGAGCGGCUUCCGGGCUGCAUCCACUGUGCCGUGGUGGGUAAUGGAGGCAUUCUGAAUGGUUCCCGCCAGGGUCAGAACAUUGAUGCCCAUGACUACGUGUUCAGACUCAAUGGUGCUGUGAUCAAAGGCUUUGAGAACGACGUGGGCACCAAGACCUCCUUCUAUGGUUUCACUGUGAACACAAUGAAGAACUCCCUCAUCUCUUACUCGAACCUGGGCUUCACCUCUGUGCCGCAGGGACAGGACCUGCACUAUAUCUUCAUCCCCUCAGACAUCCGUGACUACCUGAUGCUGAGAUCGGCCAUUCUGGGUGUGCCUGUCCCUGAGGGCUCUGAUAAAGGGGACAGGAGGUCCUGUUGGGCGGGAAACCGCACGUGGUCCCCACGGUGCUGCCGGCCACCUUCUACACCCCCUUCUCCCGCUACUACGCCCAGCCCCGCCCCUACCGGUCCAUAUACCGCCGCCGUCCUAGCGCCUUUCUCCUCUCCUCGUUCCCCAACGGGCCGUACGACGGCACCGGCCGCUCUGUCCACUUCUAUCGUGGCUCCUAGGCCUCAGACCUAUUUUGGACCAGAAGCCUCCGCCAGAAAAUUCAAGCUACUCCAUCCAGACUUCAUCAGUUACCUGACAGAGAGGUUUUUGAAAUCAAAGUGGAUUAACACAAAAUUUAGAGACCUAUAUAUGCCUAGUACCGGGGCCCUCAUGUUGCUGACAGCUCUGCAUACCUGUGACCAGGUCAGUGCCUAUGGAUUCAUCACAAGCAACUACCAGAAAUUUUCUGACCACUAUUUCGAACGAAUAAAGAAGCCACUGAUAUUCUAUGUGAACCAUGAUCUGUCCCUGGAAGCCGCCCUGUGGAAGGACUUGCACAAGGCCGGUAUCCUCUGGCUGUACCAGCGCUGACCCUAAAGCACCCAAGACCUUUGUUUUUGCAGAGCUGUGGCCCUUGGCCCCUCAAGUAGCCAAAGCUGCCUUCUUGUCUUUUCAGCCUGAGAGAGACUCCAACUGUCCUUGACCACCCCAUCCCUUCUUCCCUACAGAGGUCACUGAGUGCAUGUGUGACUGUCACAGAAGCCUGUUCUUUGUGGGACACCCCACCCUGUGCUUGGCUCAUCCAAGACUCCUCUGUCUAAGGCAGACAUUCCAACCUUGGUCAAGGGAAAAUGAACUGCUCUGCUAAAUCUGUCUUUAAAACCGAAGACCACACUCUCAAGGUGAGACUGAACCUCACCAGCAUGAGGCAGGCAUCCUUCAGAGCUGAGCAAGUGACACCAAGGCAGCAGUGGCAGGGAGUGACUUUAGGUCAGUGGAGUGUCUCAGGGUCUCUCAGUUAACAAAGAUCAAGCAGCAGUAGAAGCAAAUGCACACUUCUCGGCCCAAAUCCUCCGACUAGCAUGUCCAGUCUCACACAAACUCAAGGACAUGUCAGAACAGCCUUUCUGAGAACAGGACAGACUUACUUCCGCCUCCUGAUAAAGUGGGAGCACAAAAGACAGAAUGUGAUUUGAAACUAGAUAACUGCACAAAUGAUGGAUAACCAUUGUGUCUUUGUGUGUGUUGGGGAAAGUAGUGUAUCAUGCAGGGUGUUCAGCAUGAAGAAUUCAGAAUUUAAGAACCACGGGAAAGCUCUGGUAUUUGAUGGGAGUCAACUGCAUAGAAGCCUGCUGGCCUUUGAUUAAAGCCCCACUGGAGAUGUAUUACCACCGUGUCACCAAAAGAACAUCACCAAGUAACGAAUCCUCAUUAUCAGACACUGAACAUCACAGCUUCAAUAACUUGACUUGAUAUAGGCAGUUUUAUUUUAGAUUACAUGGGCUUCUAUUAGAAAUGUAAACCGAGUUAUCACCAUACUGCCCCUUACGCAAACCCUGGGAUUUACUGUCCUGAUGCCUAGUCUGAUGUUGCUACGCCUGGCAAGGCAGUGGAGGGGGCAGGGAUGUCUCCACAGGUCUGGUUGGCAAGAGCCUCCCCACCCAAACCCUGGCCCCUGGGUCUGUGGUUUUGAAGGGAUGAUCCUAUCAGCACAUUUAACAAGAGGGAUGUAUCAAAACACUGCUCCUUAAGAAAUUCAGACGUGUCAUUUAAGAGAAUAGACAUUUAGGCUUUAAUGACUAAAGCAGCUACUUGAGAAACCAUAGCUUCCUGAUGUCUGCAUCCAUUUUCAUCCGUACUUUAUUCCCACCACAUCUGUAGUUAACAAAACCUGACAACUGCUUAGAGGGGUAUAAGAUCAACUUAGUGGGAAACUUAAAAAGAAAAACCCCAAAACAUCUGAUUGCAUCUUGUCUGUUACCCCCCAAUUAUUAUUCUCUGAAACUUUCAUUUAUGAAAGUGUAUGCUGAGUCACAGAAUAAAACAUUGCUUUGACAUGGGUCUCAAUCUGAAAUCCACAAAUGCUAAUAAGUCAUUUUUUAAAUUUGUUUCAAAGUUAAACCCAAGACACACUGACUUCACAGGAAAUCCACUGAGAAAUGUUUUUCUAGGCUGAACACCUGUUUCCCUUUAGUCUCCCCCAACAAAGCAUGUACAUAUUAAUCACUUUCAUUUCAUAAUCACAGCUGCCCCACCACUAUACCAAGAUCACUUAAACUGUGUGUGUGGUAUCCUGAAUGUUCUUAGUUAUACCCUAAUUUCACUAACUGCAGAUUUCCUGGGAUAACCUGUCACUUGAAUACUCUGGCUACUUUUGAAGAUGAAGUCCAAAGAACUCUUAAAUCAUUCUCCUUGGGGGGGUGGGGUUUCAUAGAUAUUAGCAACUACGACCUUUGGCUGUGCUGAUCCCAUCUGGAAUCACUGGGAGACAAUCCGUAAAACCAAGGAAUCGUUUGAUUCAAGUCCCAGAUGACUCUCCUUUUUGGAAGACAGUGAUCUGAGGAGCAGACUCUGGCAAGUGGCCAGUACCAGUACAGAGCAGUCAUGAAGUACUGGGGACAUUUAUAUUCAACCCCACUCUGAGUCAAACCUACAGGUUUAGGAAUUGCCUGGCAGUCCAGUGGUUAGGACUCGGCGCUCUCACUGCCAAAGGUCAGGGUUCAAUCCCUGGUUGAGGAACUAAGAUCUCACACUUAAAACAAACAAAAACCCCUACAGGUUCACUUGGGUCCCACAGAGCAGUCAAGUCCACACAGAAGCAGACUAUAACCCAGCAGGUAGACUUUACCACUUGCUAACACACCCUUUCACUUUGUUUUACUUCCGGCUAUAAGCUGCCUGGACCAGUUCAGGCUCUUUAAAUCUCACCCCAAAUAUAGUUUCCUUGGUGACCGAACAAAUAUGUGACCUUACACAUAAAGAGCUGCACACACCUCCCAACUUCAAGAGAAAAGAAAGGCAAUCUGUGUCCACUUCAAG